UUACGUAAACGUAUUACCUCCCGAGUAAAGACAGCGCAAGGUCGUCGGAGUAGCCGCCGCAAACAUGAUGUCUCUUGCUGCACGGUCAGGGGCAUUUUCCCCUUACAUGCAGGCUACAGCUGUCGCUGUCGCUGGUCCCCUGAAAGCUCUGGUCCCGGGGGUUGUUGUGAAGGGAGAGAAGAUUUUGUUGGACCCAAAGAAAAAGUUCCUCUGCUGCGAAACCCUCAACGGCCAAAGCCCAAAGACGGGGCCUGCUGUGACUGUUAGCAUUAAUGGCUGUGCAGGAGUUCGAUUUGCCCACACAGAUGUCCGGGUACCAGACUUCUCUGACUACAGGCGCCCAGAAGUGCUUGACCCCAACAAGUCUUCCCAGGAGAGCAGUGAAUCAAGGAGGACCUUCUCGUACCUCGUCACCGGUGCCACAACUGUGGUUGGCGUCUACGCUGCCAAGACGGUGGUCACUCAGUUUGUUUCUUCCAUGAGUGCCUCGGCUGACGUCCUGGCCCUGUCCAAGAUCGAAGUCAAGCUUAGCGAUAUCCCUGAAGGCAAGAACAUGACCUUCAAAUGGAGAGGAAAACCGCUGUUUGUCCGUCAUCGCACAGAGAAGGAGAUUGCCACAGAAGCGGGUGUGAACCUGGCAGAGCUGCGAGAUCCUCAACACGACAAGGACCGAGUCCUCAACCCCAGCUGGGUUAUUGUCCUUGGGGUGUGCACACAUCUGGGCUGUGUGCCAAUUGCAAAUGCUGGCGACUAUGGAGGCUACUACUGCCCCUGUCAUGGCUCUCACUAUGACGCCUCAGGUCGCAUCAGGAAAGGCCCCGCCCCCCUCAACCUGGAGGUUCCCUUUUACGAGUUUGUAGAUGACAACACUGUGAUUGUUGGAUAAAUCCCACUCGGACUGAGCUCUCAUUGUACAACAGCUUUCAUUGUUGCUACAUCUGACAGAUGUUGGUAGUCCUGAUUACUUAACGUAAUGUUGUUUUGUCAUUCAGAAUAUGACCUCUGCACUAAAUAGGUAUAGCAUCCUCUUUUCCAAUAUUCAAUAAAAACACCUAAUUUUAAAUUCUAGUUCAACUAAAUUGCAAAGAACAAAUGUCCUAUUCAGCUGUUGGCAAUAAAGAUUUAUAUUAUAUUUGAAAACCUA